GGCGUAGUGUCGUUAAAAGAAUUUUAUUUUGUUAAAAUUAUCAAAGACUUCAUCAACAAUCUAAGUAAAUGAAAUUAAAUUAUAAUUCUACUGCGGUAAAUUAACCAGGAAUAUAAUUUUAAUGAACAGUAUAGUGGAUAUUCAAUUCUCGAUAAUAUUGCCGAAUUUGUUGAGUAAAAAUCGGACAUUUGUUUUGUAAUCAUUACAGCUGUCAAAAAUUUUAAAGAUGGCCACAUUCUAUUUGUAAAUUUGACAUCGUGUCAUUUUUUCAUAAAAUUCCCAGAAUUGUAAAACAACAGGGAGUAUUUCAAGAUUAAUACGGAAUUCUACGAAUUUAUAAACAGUCAAAAUGUCUGCGGGUCCGUAUAAUUAUUCUUAUAUUUUCAAAUAUAUUAUCAUUGGUGAUAUGGGUGUAGGAAAGUCGUGCCUUUUACACCAAUUUACCGAAAAAAAGUUCAUGGCUGAUUGUCCCCACACAAUAGGUGUAGAAUUUGGUACUCGUAUCAUUGAAGUAUCGGGACAAAAAAUUAAGCUUCAAAUUUGGGAUACUGCUGGUCAAGAGCGUUUUAGGGCUGUGACAAGAUCGUAUUAUAGAGGUGCUGCAGGUGCAUUGAUGGUAUAUGACAUUACUAGAAGAUCUACUUACAAUCAUUUAAGUAGUUGGUUAACUGAUACAAGGAAUUUAACAAAUCCUAGUACCGUAAUAUUUCUCAUAGGAAAUAAGUGUGAUUUAGAAGGCCAAAGGGACGUAACUUAUGAGGAAGCUAGCAAAUUUGCAGAAGAAAAUGGUCUAAUGUUUGUAGAAGCUAGUGCGAAAACUGGUGAUAAUGUAGAAGAAGCAUUCCUCGAAACCGCAAAGAAAAUAUAUCAAAGUAUCCAAGAUGGUCGAUUGGAUCUGAACGCAGCCGAAUCUGGUGUCCAACAUAAACCAUCACAACCAGGUCGCAACAUGUCCAACGACCAACAGGCGAAUAAAGACAAUUGCGCCUGCUAGUUUUAUUCAAAAAUUUUAACACACAUAGAAUCUCCGAUUCUGAAUUUUUUUUACUACUGGUAUGUUAGGUUAUGUUUACCUACGUUUCAUAAUAACUACACAAAUUACAAAAAGACCAAAACAAUUUUAAUACUAUCUGUUUCUGAUGUUUAUGUAUAAUGAUUCUUUUGUAUAUUUCAGUUUUUGGUUUUGAUCUGUGCAAUUGUUAUAUUCUCUUAGUUAUUGUCUUUUUUAUCACCAGCGGGCAUUUUUCUGUGUUAUAACACAAAACUCAGAGAUAGCACAGUAAAAAUGAACUUAGAAAAUCAAUUUACUCAAACUCAACUAUCCACUGACGUGAGUUUUUAUGUCAAAAGCAGUAUUUAUUUUAAAAAAGUUUUAUACACUUUUUUAUAUACAAAAAUCCAUUCCAUUAUCGAGAUUAGCGCCUGUAGAAGCUCUUUCAGGAUUUGUUUAUUACUCUUAUCAUGAAACGUGGACAUAUCCUAGUAAUUUGUUUAAAUAAUUUACGUUUGAUCGUAGAUUAAAGAUUGCGUUUAUAUGCACCGUUAAUGGGAUAAAAAUAAAUUCAUAGAUUCUUUAGGAUCUGUGAUGAAAAUCUUUGUUUUGAGUGACAAAACAGUUGGUUAUUUAUCGGUACUCUAAUGGGGUAUCCUGGUCUAUUUGAUUACACAGUUAUCUAUUCUUUUAAAACGAUUAUCCCAUUUCAUCUUGACCAUACAGUGUUUUGAUCUCUGCGUUCGCUCUUCUUAGUACCUUUCUCUCCCAUAUGUUUAUUUUGUUUUCUUCUUUAUUGUUCAUGGUCCAACACUCGCUGCCAUACAGCACCGUUGGUUGUAUAACUGUCUUAAAACUUGGCGGUUCUUAAAAUAUCUUUUGAUAUUAAAAGUCCUCCUAGGGCUCCAAACGUUUUGUUCCCUCGCGUUAAUCUUUUUCCCUGGUUUCAUCUCCUCUGUUUGUCGGUCACUCCCAAGUAUUCGAACACCUGAAUUUUAUCAAGUUUUGCUACUUCGUCACUUUUAAUUGGUGGAAUUUAUCCUAUUGAUAAAAACUUCAAAGAAAGGCAUACCAAUAGUACUAAUAAAUUAGUCAUAAUUAACAUUUAGCAACAUCGCUUUUAUAUGCUGCAUACCAAAUUGGAGAAAUAUUUAGAUGAAUUGAAUUUAUAACUCAUUCGGGAUGCUUAAAGAUGGUCAAUAUUCCGGGUCCAAUCGACGUUAAAACAAAUAUACGUUGGGAGGUGUGUAUUUAAGCGGAGUCUUUAAUCUAUGACUGAAUUGAAAAAAUCUUUUUUAAAAACUGUAGUUAAUUUUUGUUAUAAGCAAUCAUAUUAAUUUUCUAUGUAAGGCACUAGAUUACAAUUUUCUUUAGUUCCAAGUUUUUCUAUGAUGUAUAGUUUUUAUUUUUAAAGGUAUAUUAAAGCGUUGUUUUUAGGCUGUAUCAUAUCUUGACAUUGUUUAAAUUAAUCUCAACAGAAGCUAUCAAAUUACAGCAUUUUUUUUCGUCAAUAAUUAUAUCUAUAUUUUUAUAAACAAUUAUGUAUUUAAUUUUGCAAUAGUUAUUUUUCAUAUAUUAACAGGCCUUAUUUCAUGUAGAAUUAAGAGCUUUAAGAGAGAUUAACUUGUGAAAAGCUCAUGAUCCGUUUUAUUGAAAGUGGUAAAGAAAAAUCACAAUUUUUCCCAAAUUGCAAUAGGAUAUUGAUAUUAGUGAUUCCAUUUUUAUUUGCACUUUUUUAGAGUACCAGAAAACGCUUUUUUGUUCAUCUUACCACUAAAUAUUUUACAUUAGGCUUCUAUAUUUGAUAAAAAUACAAAUUUGUUAUCGAUGCAUUGUUUUAGUGAUGUAUGUUUGUAUGUGAUGUAUUUAUUAUUAAUACCAUAUAUAAAAAUUAUAAUAUAGACAUUAAGUUAUGAGGUAUUUUAUUUUAUUGUGAAAUAAAAAUGAAAAUAUAUCAAUCGA